CAACAGAAAAAGAAAAAAAAAGGCAGACAAAAUCUAAAAUGCGAGCUCCCGCGGUCCCGCCGCCUGCCGCAGUGCCGCUCCCUGCUCCCCCGAAAAACGGCUGAACGCCUGAACCCUAAACCCUCCCUGCCCACCACCCGCCGCCUCGCUUCACCCCGCCCAUGGCCGCCGCCGCUCGCGCCGCCCUCCCGCGGCCCCACCUCUCCCUCCCUUCCUCCUCCCGCCGCAGCAGCCCCCGUCUGUCCCUCACGCCCUCCUCCGCCCCUCCUCGCCUGCGCGGCGGCGCUGCCACCUCCGUCGCCGCCGGCACCUCCGCCGCGCCGCAGCAGCACCAGGUCACCGCGCGCCUGGGCGACGUGAUCGAGGCGCAGCAGUUCGACCGGGACGCGCUGAACGAGAUCUUCGAGGUGGCGCGGGAGAUGGAGGCCGUGGAGCGGGGCUCCCACGGCGCCCCCAGCCGCGUCCUCGAGGGGUACCUCAUGGCCACGCUCUUCUACGAGCCCUCCACGCGCACGCGCCUCUCCUUCGAGGCCGCUAUGCGGAGGCUCGGCGGGGAGGUGCUCACCACCGAGAACGCGCGCGAGUUCUCUUCCGCCGCCAAGGGGGAGACACUCGAAGAUACCAUAAGAACUGUUGAGGGUUAUUCUGAUAUUAUUGUUCUGAGACAUUUUGAAAGUGGAGCCGCAAGGAGAGCAGCAGAUACUGCGAAUAUUCCUGUUAUUAAUGCAGGUGAUGGGCCAGGGCAACAUCCAACCCAGGCUCUGUUGGAUGUGUACACAAUAAAGAGAGAAAUUGGCACACUAGAUGGAAUAAAACUUGGUUUGGUUGGUGACCUUGCUAAUGGGAGGACAGUUCGUUCUCUGGCUUACUUGAUUGCUAAGUACCAGAACAUAAAGAUAUACUUUGUAUCUCCAGAUGUUGUUAAAAUGAAGGAUGACAUCAAGGACUACUUAAAUUCCAAAGGUGUUGAAUGGGAAGAAAGUUCAGAUUUGUUGGAGGUGGCUUCCAAGUGUGAUGUUAUUUAUCAAACACGUAUUCAAAAAGAAAGAUUUGGUGAGAGGAUUGAUCUUUAUGAAGCUGCUCGUGGUAAGUACAUUGUGGAUAAGAAGGUCUUGGAUGUGCUGCCAAAGCAUUCUGUGAUCAUGCAUCCCCUUCCAAGGCUUGAUGAGAUCAGGGUAGAAGUCGAUAGUGAUCCAAGAGCUGCAUAUUUUAGGCAGGCUAAGAAUGGCCUCUACAUAAGGAUGGCAUUGCUCAAACUUCUGCUUGUUGGUCACUGACAUUUCUGCUACUGCAUGAGCUUGUGCUGUGUCAAGUGAUGAGAAAAUUGUACUAAUAAUCAGCAGCUCCUGUCAAAAUUCAACGUUCAUGUACUGUGCAGGUAAUAAAAGUCUGGAUCCAUGUGAGAGUGCAGCAGUAUUUUUGCAUGGCCAAUGUUCAUGUACAAAUCGUGUUCGAAAUAGAGUUUUGCUGUUCUCAUGUGAUGUGAGAACAAGGAACAUCACUAAUUUUGCUUGCACAAAAUCAUUUGAGCGAUUCAGUUGUGAUGAUGCUCUGCUGCAUUUUAUCAAGCAGCACAUACA